AUGGCUUCCUCAAUUGAAUGUUUAACAAACGAGAAACUCCUGGCUAUGCGUGGAACGUUGCCAAGUCACGUCCGUCGUAUGCUGUCCCACUUCCUAAAUUGGUCCUACCUAUCAGACGAGGACAGUGGCGAUCUACGCCACAUCAUAGUGAUUGACAUAUUACAAGAUCAUAUCUGCUUCUGUUUCACCAGCUUAUUCACUAUAAAAGCCACAAAAGAAGUCACACGUUUCGUCAAUUUCAUCCUCUUGAAAAGUCCAUGUUGGUCCAUAACAGACACAAUAGCUUACCUCACCUCAAAGGUAAAAUCGAACUUCAACUCAACAAUGUCAGAAGAGAACGUCAAAUGUUAUGUAAACUUCUUCAAAAACGAAUUCCUAAAAGUUUACAAACUAAUUCAGUUUGUCUUCUGCCAAACGAGGCACAAGAUCACAAGAGAAUUGUGCCUAGAAGUAUGCACCCCACACUAUCUUCCACGGUUAUAUAGGGCUAAACCGGCCGAGAUAUACGAAUACGAAAAGAAAAUCGAGAUUAUAAAUGAUGAAGAGAUUAGGAAAUGUGAAUUGAGAGAAAAUUUAAAACGGGCCUUUGAUGGAGAGAAGAGAAUGAUUAUUGAAGGAAUGAAAAAAGAGAAUAAAAUUAUUACUACUAAUGAUGUUAGUUACGAAUAA